UAUAUAUUUACCUGUGCUAAUGAGCGUUCAUAGUUAUGGCUGACAAUGUUUUGGUAAUCGCUAUGGUGAUGACGUCAGCAAAUGGAUUAGUGAAGACACAACAGCAAAUGCGAGAUAAUUUUAUGGAUAGACCAUAAUUAAUAGUGGUAAUUCGUUGACAGAUAUAUAUAUAUAUACAUAUAGAUACAGUAAAACUAUUCUAAUAAUUGUACAAUAUAAACGGUGCGGACCGUGUGUUUCAAGAGAGAUAGCAGAUUGGUAUGGGUGUCUGUGCUUCUCAACAAAGCACUGCUACGUCACCAAAGUAUGGCCAGGCGUACCCCAAAGCAACCUAUCCACAGCAGCAGACACAACCACAGCACCCACCACAACCACAGCCACAGCCGCAACCACAGCACCAACAGCAUACCACUCAUAAUCAAUCACAGGUUAACCAAAGAACACAGCCAACAGCACCGCCAUUAGAAGAAAGAACACCACCUGAAGGCCAAAACGCACAAAGUCGACCACAACAAGAUCCAAAUAUGGAGAAACAUUCACCGGAAGCAACGUUAAAUAUGUUGAAGAGAUAUAUAGAAUUAGAAGGCACCAUACGACCAUUAGAAAGUAAAAAUGUUAUUGGUACGUUUGCUAUUAAGAAAGAAGGUGUGUCUGAUAUUGACAAAUCAUUAACACAAAUUGAAGGACAUUAUAAAGCUGCCUGUGAUAAAGUUGCCAAAGAAAAGGCUGAUGUGGAUAAUAUGCAAGCACCAAGUACUAAAGCUUUCUUCAAGGACCAGACCUCCUUUGAUGCCAAACUGUCAAAAGAACAGGAAGAAUAUCUAGAGGCUGUCAAUGAACAAGAAGUUGUCAAGAAUCAACUUGAUUCAAUGAAAUCUCAGAAGGCAGCAAUUCAAAAGGAAAUUGACAGCUUGUCUAAAGAAGUGGAUGAGCUGAAUAAAUACUACGAAGAACAAGACGAUUUAUUGGAUAAAAUAUUUAGUGGCGAAUACGGCAGUGACUUGGAGAAUAAACUCGAAGUGGAGGUGGAUCAGCUUCGAAACAGAAAGGAACGCGUUGCAGUAGCCAAGUAUAAAUGGGACAACAGUAAAGUCUUAUUACAACACGCCUGUACUCAGUUAGCUUUCACUGUUCGAAGAUGGCUGGAAAUCCCAAAAGUGCAAGCAAACAACGUACAGGCGAAAUACCACAUGGCUACCGAAUGCAGAAAUAAUGUUAUUGCUGCUAGUCAGAAUAUCAGUAGUGCUCAUAGAUACCUUCAAAACAUCAAGUUUCCUUAUUGUGAACAAUCUGAAUUAGACACUUUAAACAAGGCUUGCAAUAAUAUUUAUAUCGACAUGCAAUCUACAGAUAGGCACCAGCAUGCAUUUCAGUGUUACAGUGUAACACAUAAACGUGCCGCGGCUUUAUUACAAUGGUUUAAUAAUGUUAUUGAAGGAACGAUAAAUAAAGAUCUAAAACAAGUACAAGAAUCUUAUAGUACAAAAGCUAGUGCGCUUCGACAAGAACGAUUGAGAUUAAUAAAAGAAAAAAUGGGUGGUAAUGUCAGUGAUUUGGGUAUAACUGACGGAGAUCUGGAUAAAGUUUUUGGUCAACGAGAUGAUACAAAACAAGCAGGUUUUAAAGCUGACGAAACGGCUUUUGCAAAACCAGAAGAGGUUAAAGGUGAUGAUGGACAGCCCCCUAGUCUGUCAACCGAAGAGAGUGGCUCAACUGGUGCACCAACACCUCUUCCCCUGGAUGAACUGGCUCCAGCGCCAUCUACUGAUGAACUCUUUGGAAACAUUGAACAGUUGAAGAAACAACACGAACAAGAAUUGAAAGAAUUUGAGAAAGCUCAAGAAAUAAACAAAGCAAGAAUGGAACAGGGCCUGCAAGAAAAAUUACGACAGCGUAGAAAUCGCAGACAGCGAACAGAAGAAAAUUAGGUUAUCCAUACUUUCAAUAUAAUAUAAUCACUGCAUUGACGUCUAUUUGGUUCAUCAAACUAAAUUUUUUCAUAGUUGACUUUCGAAUAAUAAUAUAUUGUUGCAUUUCUUCUUUUCAAAAUAGUUAUAAAAUCAAAGUGAACUCUGUAAUAUUGUUCUGACAUUUGAUUAAGUAAAUCGUAUUUGUCCAUUUAGUUAUCGGUAAAAAAAUGUGUCCCUAUACAUUACAGGGGAUGGAAUUCCGUUAGAAAAGGGUAUUUAAUAUUAAUUAAUUGGUUUCAUUCUAUGUCCGUUGCGUUUACUUUACACACGUAUUAUUAUUAUAGACUGUGUUAUUUGUUUGUUUGUAUUUAUUAUUUUUAUAUAGUGACACGAUAAUCAAAUCCGUCCCAAGCUUAACUGCAACACUGUGAUAACAUUUUAAUGCAUUCAUAUUAUAAGAUGUAUCAAAGCAUGGCACGUUCAUGGAUGUUAUUAAACUUGAAUGAUGCUAGAA